AUGCGACUAGACGGGGGAGUGCGCGUCACUCCCGGCGGCGGCAUUCCGGCGAACCUGCAUCCCAGCAUCGGAGCCGGGGACCAAUCCCCCGCCAGGAUGAUCGAUGACCUUUACGCGGACUACCAUCACUAUGGCGACUCGCUCUUCCCCGCGUCCACGCUCAUCCCGGUCACCGUGGUGUGCCUGCUCCUCUUCGUGGUCGGCGUGGUGGGCAACACCAUGACCAUCCUCAUCAUCCAGCGCUUCAAGGACAUGAAGACCACCACCAACCUCUACCUGUCCAGCAUGGCCGUGUCCGACCUGCUGAUCUUCUUCAGCCUGCCCUUCGACCUCUACCGGCUGUGGAAGUACGUGCCGUGGGUGUUCGGGCCGCUGGUGUGCCGCAUCUACCACUACAUCAACGAGGGCUGCACGUACGCCACCAUCCUGCACAUCACGGCGCUCAGCAUGGAGCGCUACCUGGCCAUCUGCUACCCGCUGCGCACCAAGGUGGUGGUGACCAAGCGCCGCGUCAAGCUGGUCAUCCUGGCGCUGUGGGCGUUCGCGCUGCUCUCGGCCUCGCCCGUGCUGCUGCUGGUGGGCGUGGAGUACGACAACGCCACGCUGGCCGACGACAGCACGCGCCAGUGCAAGCACACCAGCUACGCCAUCCACUCGGGCUUCCUCAACACCACCAUCUGGGUGUCCACCGUCUACUUCUUCGGGCCCAUGCUGUGCCUGCUCUUCCUCUACGGCUCCAUCGGGCGCAAGCUGUGGAAGAGCAAGAUGGAGGAGCUGCGGGGGCCGUGCGCCGCCGCCAGGGCCCGCUCACACCGCCAGACCAUCAAGAUACUCGCCGUGGUGGUGCUGGCCUUCGCCAUCUGCUGGCUGCCCUACCACAUCGGCCGCAACCUCUUCACGUACGCCAACGACUACUACGAGGCGCGCCUGAGCCAGAACAUCAACGUGGCCUCCAUGGUGCUGUGCUACCUGAGCGCCUCCAUCAACCCCGUCCUCUACAACCUCAUGUCCAAGAAGUACCGCGCCGCCGCGCACCGCCUCUUCCUGCUGCGCCGACGGCGCGGAGGACACCGGCCCGGGCAGCCGCGGGCGCUCUCCGUCCGCGAGGACAUCGCCACGUGCACCGAGACCUUCACCGGGGUUUAA